AUGGAAGAAAGUAGUUAUGAUAAUUUUAAUAUUAAUAAAUUUAAUAUUAAUUUAAAUAAAGUUGGUGAUGAUGAUGAUAAUAAUAAUAAUAACAAUAUCGUAAAUAAUAAUAAUAUUAUUUAUCCCAUAAAUGAUAUAAAUAAUGAAAAUAAAGGAAAUACUAAAACUGGUGGGUUUUUAGAAAAUAUUAAAAUUACAGAUCAAGAUAAUUCAUUAGGUGAAGAGAAUUAUGAUUUGGAAAUAAAUUAUGAAGUCGUUUUGGUAUUUGAUAAAUCUAAAAAAGUAGUAAGCGACGAUCCAAAGUUAACUUGGGAUAUUAUUAUAAAAAAAACAAUGAAAAUAUUAAAAGAAUUAAAUCUGUAUUCAGUUUUAAAAGUUGGUACACUUGAUGAAAAUCAUAUUUUUAUAAUUGUUGGUACAACUGAUGAAUUGUUAAGACAUUAUUGUAUUGAUAAUUAUAUUCAAAUUCAAAAGAAAAUUGUAACGGAAACAACAAGAAUUUCAGAAUCAAUGCGUUUACAUUUAGUUGAAACAAUUUUAAUUAAUUCAAAUGAUUUAAAGUAUAUAUAUGAUGAUGAUUUUGUUAUUGAUAAAUAUCCAUAUGCAAAUAAAAAUUUUGAAACACUUAAAAGAGAAUGUCAAAAGAAAUGGUUUUUUCAAUCAUUAGAUAUCAACGUUAUUAAAGAUUAUUUUGGUGAGGAAGUUACAUUUUAUUUUUUAUUUUUAAGAUUUUAUAAUGUUGGUUUAGGUAUUGUUAGUUUAUUUGGUUUAGCAGUUGCAAUUGUAUCAUAUACAAGAGAUUCAUAUAAAUUUGCAAGUUCAUCAUUUUCAAUAGCAUUGGCAGUUUUAUCAACAUUAUUUUUUGAAAUUUGGAAACGUUAUGGAUCAAUUUAUUCAUGGAAAUGGGAUCAAGAAGAUUACAUUGAUGAUGAGGAACAAUUACCAUCAUUUAAACCAGGUAAUUUCUCUGAAGGUGUUUAUCAUAAAGGAAUCUUUUUAAAAUCAAAACAUUUUGGUAAAAAAGUUAAAUACGUUCAAAAGAAUAUUACAACUAGACCUUAUUUAACAAGUUAUCAACAAAAAAUGAAACUUCUUAAAACCAUUGGUACCUUUUCAGUGGUUGUAACAUUAGUUUUAAUUGUACCAAUUUUUACAAUUUCAAUUUUCACCCUUAGAAUAGCCUUAGAAUCAAUUGAAAAUAAAACAGUUGAAAGUGGUAUUGGUUCAGUAAUAAAUGCAUUGUUCAUUCUAUUCUUCAAUUUUAUUUAUAAAAAUAUUGCAUAUUUUUUAACUAAAUUUGAAUCUCAUAGAGUCGCUUCUUCAUUUAAUGCAAGUUAUUCAACCAAACUUUUCCUAUUCCAAUUUGUAAACAGUUUUUCAGGUUUAUUUUAUAUUGCAUUCCUUAAAAAUAAUGUUUAUUUAUGGGGUGAUAUUGAUUUAGAAGAUACAUGUAGUACUCCAAAUAAAAUUGAUGGUUUAUGGAAAGGUUGUACAGAAGAUUUACAAUUUCAAUUAUUUUCAAUUUUAGCUGUUAACUUUAUUGCUUCAAUUUUCUCUGAAUUAUUAGGACCUUGGAUUCAAUAUUAUAUUAAAAUUAUAAGACAAAAACCAACAGGAUUUAGAGAGAAAAUUGAACCAUUUGAACAACAAUUUUAUAGAGAUACAUUUGAUACAUUUCAAGAGUUUAAUCAAAUUAUUAUUCAAUUUUCAUAUAUAUCAAUGUUUAGUGCUGCAUCACCAAUUUCACCAAUAAUUUCAUUCUUUCAUAAUAUAUUUGAAGAAAGAGUUGAUAGUUAUAAAUUAAUUAAUUCAUUAAGAAGACCAAAUUAUAAUGGUUCAAAUGGAUUAGGUAGUUGGUUUUUUAUUAUUGUUUUAGUUGGAAUGUUUUCAGUAUUAACAAAUGUUUUAUUAAUUGGAUUUUCAUUCCCAACUUUAUUAUAUUUUACAGAUUCUCCAUAUAAUGUAUUAUGGAUUGUAUUUAUUUUAGAACAUUUAGUAAUUUUAACAAAGGUAGUUUUAGCAAAAGCAAUUCCAGAUGAAACUAAAAAAUUAAAGAAAAAGAAAGCAUCAUUAGAUUUAAUCACAAAAUCAAUUAUGGAAAAUGAUAGAGAACUUUCAAAAUUAUUAAUUGAAAAAAUUAAAUCCAAUGAAAUUCCAUUAACAAAUGAUAUCAAUCCAGAUAGUAAUCAAAAUAAUAUUAUACCAACUCCAUUCACUUCAAAAACUAGACAACGUGCAUUAUCAAUCUCUUCAAAAAUUUCAAAAACAAUGCAUUCUGUAAUUAAUAUAAAACAUGAUGUUGAUUAUGAAGAUGAAAAUAAAUAA